AUGAGCAGACUUCUACGGUCUCCUGCACUGGUUGGGCUGGUGCUGGUGAUGCUUUCAGCGGGACAUUGCAAAGAGAGAGCUGAAUCUAGUGCAGGGCUGAUGGAAAGGCAAAACCUCUUAAACCUGAUCAUGGAGAUAAUUCAGGAACUGAAAAAGUACCACCUGGAGGACGAUGAGGAGAACGGAGUUCAGUACAAACAAGACUACCUUUUGGACCGCAGGGAAGUACCCGAUUAUGGAGCAUACUCAGAAGAACAGAGAGUUGAAAUAGUUCCUAGAGAUCUGAGAAUGAAAGACAAGUUUUUAAACCAUUUAACAGGUCAUCUUUAUUUUGGUCCAAAAUGCACUAAACACUUUCAUAGACUUUAUCACCAUACAAGAGACUGCACCAUUCCUGCAUACUAUAAAAGAUGUGCCAGGCUUCUUACUCGGUUGGCAGUAAGUCCAAUGUGCACCGAAGGAUAAGGUAAG